UUGCAGGAUGCAUUUUCUCAACUAGGUACGACUGUAAAUUUUGAACUGCCUCAAAUUGCUGUAGUUGGUGGACAAAGUGCUGGAAAAUCAUCAGUACUGGAAAAUUUUGUUGGAAGAGAUUUCCUACCUCGUGGAUCUGGUAUAGUAACACGACGUCCUUUGAUUCUGCAGCUUAUUCAUGAUAGAAAUGAAUAUGCUGAGUUUUUGCAUAAGAAAGGAAAUUAUUUCACCGAUUUUGAUGCAGUACGCAAAGAAAUUGAAGACGAAACUGACAGAGUAACAGGCCAAAAUAAGGGAAUAUCACCACAUCCUAUAAAUCUGCGAGUUUUCAGUCCUAAUGUGCUGAACCUCACACUUAUUGAUCUUCCCGGUUUGACCAAAGUUCCAGUCGGUGACCAACCACCAGAUAUUGAACAUCAGAUUCGAGAAAUGAUUCUAACAUUCAUUAGCCGGGAAACCUGCUUGAUUUUAGCCGUUACACCAGCCAAUAGUGAUCUUGCGACAUCAGAUGCAUUAAAGCUGGCAAAGGAAGUUGAUCCACAAGGUUUACGCACCAUUGGGGUCCUAACAAAGCUGGAUCUUAUGGACGAAGGCACCGAUGCUCGCGAUAUUUUGGAGAAUCGAUUGUUCCCCUUGAGACGUGGUAAGUGUUUUAUGUCUUCGUUGUUUGGUUUGCUAAAUUUUUUUGUUUUUGUUAUAUCAUGA